AUGUCAAACAGUCUGCCUCAAUCUUCAAGCGUAACGUUCGUCAAAUUCGCCAUUGGCUCGAGGAAGAGUCAGCUUCUGCCGCUAAGUAUGUCUUCAAUCAAGUAUUUGGUCUAUCGAUCAUCUGACCAUACGCUACUCAAGGGAAAUAGAAAAGGCAAAGCCAAAGGAGAUACCGAAGAAGGACAUCCCCAAGGAGGACAAGCAGUAGAUGUGACUCGUGUUGAAAUUCUUAUCAGAAGCUGCAGAAACGUUUACAUAUGA